AUGUCUACCAGAUCUUUGUCCUCAGACUCCAGCACCAGCACCAGCACCAGGCAAAGUGGUCGCCGUGUGGGCCCACGCAUUUCACCGCGCGACUCAGGUUGCUAUUCCGAUAGUUGCUACUCGGAACAAUACCCGUACGAUGCAUAUUACAAAGAAAAACCAAUACCGGAUUACCAUCUUGGCACAGAAUCUCAACAGUUGUCCGACUGGGCGGUAGCGCAAAUAGGUCUGCGCAUUGUGUCCUUGUUUCUCUGCGGCGUCGUUGCAGGAUGCAGCGUUAGGGGUUAUUUGAGCGGCUUGAUAUUAUGGCUACCGCUCGUCGUUGUCAUCUGCCUUUGGGAAUGCGCAGAACUGCUCGUCUUUGCAGUGCAACGCACCCAAGGCAUUGCACCCAAGGCGCAUAUUAUCAUGGAGCUCAUCAUUGCACUUGGGGCGCUCGCAUAUACGGGACUCUCGGUAUGGGAGAUCUUUGUGUUCCGAGGAUACAGAAGCAUCGUUGAGUUCGCGGUUGUGACAGGGCUCUGCGCCGUAAUAUCUGGCUGCCAUUCGAUACUGUUCGCACGCGCAUUAGCAGACAACGGCUCGAAACGGAGAAUAGAGGAAAACUACAACGUGUACUUGGACUAG